AUGCUAAAUACAAAAGGGAGAAAACUUUUUGGCUAUUUGUAUAGAUUCUUUUUGUGGUACCAAAUACUGAGUGUUGUCCUAUCUGCAACAAGGAGUUACACAAUGUACUUGAUCAGUAGUGACUCUGACUUCCAUGCAACAAUUUAUUUCUGA